ACUCGAACGAAAACCAGAUUCGCGAAAGUGUCGUGGCCAAAACACAAAAAAACGAAUUCGCGAAGUGUUUUGAAAUUUUUCAGAGAUGAGCUUCAGCUUAAAGCAAAACAACAACUUUUGCCUUCAAAGCACUCCACCAGAACCAGCUCAAAAUGGGUGUCCCAGCCUUCUACAGAUGGCUGUCCAGAAAGUACCCCAAGAUCAUCUCCCCGUGUCUCGAGGAGGAAGCAGCAGUCGUGAAUGGCGUCACCGUGCCACCGCUAUACAGUAACCCAAACCCAAAUGGUGAACUAGACAAUCUAUAUCUUGACAUGAACGGUAUCGUCCAUCCAUGUAGUCAUCCAGAAAACAGACCACCCCCAGAAAAUGAAGACGAGAUGCUCUUGGCUGUGUUUGAAUACACAGACAGAGUCCUCAGCAUGGCAAGACCUAGAAAAGUGCUAAUGAUCGCUGUUGAUGGUGUUGCUCCAAGGGCAAAGAUGAAUCAACAGAGAGCUAGAAGAUUCAGAUCUGCCCGUGAUGCCAAAAUACAGGAUGAAGAGAAAGCUAGACUCGCUGCGCUGAAACAAAGUUAUGGUGAGACUAUUGAUGAUGCUAUUAAAGUUAAAAAGACUUGGGAUAGUAAUGCUAUUACUCCAGGUACUCCUUUCAUGGAUAAGUUAGCUUUGGCGCUUAGAUAUUGGACAGCAUAUAAGCUAAGCUCUGAUCCAGGUUGGAAAGAUUUACAAGUUGUUAUAAGUGAUGCUACAGUUCCUGGUGAAGGUGAACAUAAAAUUAUGAAUUUCAUUAGAAGUCAAAGAUCAGAUAUUGAAUAUGAUCCAAAUACAAAACAUGCUAUUUACGGUUUAGAUGCCGAUUUGAUUUUCUUGGGUUUAGCUACACAUGAACCUCAUUUUAGAGUGUUGAGAGAAGAUGUCUUUGCUCGUGAUACCAAUAAAACUAUGAGUUUACAAGAUAAGAUGAACCUAAGUGAAGAGCAUCGUAAAUUAAUAGAGGAGAAAGAAU